CCACCACCUCCUCUUCCUCCUCCUCCUCCUCCUCUCAUCAUCUUCUUACCUGGCACAAUGGACGUUCUCACUCACUAACUACUGUCACUCUCUCUACUACUACGCUUUGUACCACUAGCUACCUACGCGUCCAUAUCACUGCUCAGCCUCGCCUCGAAAGGAAAAUCUGCACAACGGACGUGACGGCACUUCGCGUUCCUACACACUGUAGACGUGAUGGAAGCUGCUACACGUGCUGGGAAUCAGGCUGUGCCAUCCCCAGAGACAAACGAGGCACCACCGGCGCGUCCAUCACUGUUGCCGGCCUUUGAGCCCUUCUCCUCGCCCUUUUCGUCUUCCCCAGGCCUCCCUCGAGCUGUCAAACGCAAGUUUGACGAGACGCUCGACACCAGACAGCAGCAUUACCCUACUCCAGUACCUACCUCGUCGACUGGUAUCCUCACAUCGUCGUCACCGGCGUCUCGGACGCGUCCCGCUCUCAAACGCACCGUGUCGGCUCUUUCUGAACGCGCUCCCUUGGGCGACGUGCCGUGCCUCGUCCUUCCACGAAAUGGCGAGCCCCUCCUCAUGGGACGCUCGAGCAACUCCUCCGACUACCAGUUCCCCGCCAACCGUCACAUCUCUCGUACACACGUGAGUGCAACCUACUACGCUCCCGAUGAGACGUAUCCGCAUGGCAGGGUCGAAGUCGAGUGUCUGGGUUGGAAUGGGGCAAAAGUACACUGUCGUGGAGAGAUGAGGGAGUUGGCAAAGCAUGAGGUCUUCGUGUCGGACAAGGCAAUGGCGCACAUCAUGGUGGACGUGCAAAGCACGCGUGUGAUGCUCGCGUGGCCUCAGGAACACGCUCGGGAUCCGCCUGCCGAGUCGAGGUCACAAUGGCCCCAGGACUCACCAAUACAAUCGCGCCUCGCGUCAGCUCACGUUCCUUCCAGUCCACCCAUCAUGCUGCCAUCACCGCGUCCAGCCACGCCCGUCUCACCGACACCCAACUACAACCUCGGUACCUCGUUUUCCGAAACCUUCCGGGUGGACACUGAUGAGCCUGUGCACGUCUAUCAGGACCAUGACUCUGAAGAAGAUGCUCUGCACGAUACGGAGACCACUCCGGAGCCGAUGGCACCAGUGUGCGAGGGUACCCCCACACCCACGCGUACCGUGUCGUCGCCCCAGGAGCCUUCCCGCCUCGCGUCUGAGCACGAAGACUUCUCUGAACAUGAUGAGGAGAACGACCCCGUCGUCCACUCUUUCGGUCCCUUUGGUGCGAAUCUGCUGGACAAGCUCGACUCGUUCCACGCAGAGUCUCCGGAGCGCAAGCGUAAGCCUUUGAAAGCCACCACCAACUCACCGCGCCGCAGUGCUCCGACCCCAGCCUCCCACAUUAGUCCCGUGAAGAACCAUGUGAUCAAUCAACUCGCCUACUCUCGGAUUCACGCACUGCCGCUGUCCACCAUUCACAGCCAACUGCCUCCCGAGUAUCGUGGUGCCAUGGCAAAGCCUUCCGAUCGUGAAGCGCGGGAGGUCUUGUCGACGUCCGACCUCAAGACCAUUCUCGACGACAUCCCCUGCGUCGGCGAAAUCAGCCGCGAGGGCAAGGACGCGGCGGGUAAGCUGCUGGAGAGUGAAUUCUACUAUGUUCCCGAGAUGGACAGCGAUGUGCACCGCCGCGAUGCGGUCGCGAACAGCUUGGGUAAAACCAGCAUCCGUGCCGCCCGAAAGCAGCACAAACAAUACUACUGGAAGCGUCCUCGCUUCUAAACAUGCCUCUCGAGCAUAUCACGAGCGCCGCGACAACGGCGAUAUCGGCGCACAAGCGACGAACAUCUCUCUUAUGCCUGUUCUUUUCCCCUUCUCCUAUCAUCGCGGAUUCCCCUGCAUAGCGACGCGUGUUGUCGGUUAUACGACGUCCAAUGAUUUCACCGCUCUCGAAGAGUGUGAUUCUGCAUACCAAAAGGCGUUCCUUGGGCGCGUCAACGUUUGUUCGAAUGGAUUGUGAUUGUCAUGGCGGCCAUGGGUGAAUUCAUGGAGGACCAUGCUUCGUGGUGGUGCGAAAUUGCCGACUUCUCGCGCAACGAGAUUGGAAAAGAUGCGCAUGUAGUGCGUGGUGAAGGCAUGCGAUGAGCGGCGUCGAACGGCGUCUGUGGGAAGGCGUGUGGGCGUGUGGUGUUGUCUCUGAUAACAAGCUGUUGUAGAUGAGAAUGAAAGAC